AUGGCUGAGCGCGGUGCAGGCUUAGGAGUGGCGGCGGAGCCCUAUAAAAUCCCCAAUAAUCAUCCCAGAUGGUUCGGGGACCAAUUGGGCUCCGUCGCCAUUGUAUGGAGGGCAAAUGAAAGUUCGCCUCCUGCUGUCCUGUUGGAAAGCGGGAGACACUUUGUCGUGGUCAGGUGGGGGGUCCUGAUAGUGGUCGGGGUCUACCUCCCCCCAGCAAAGAGCCUGGGCCUACCUAAUUACGGAUCCAGGCUCGAUGAUAUAGGGAAGGCCAUGUUACGGUACCUCUCUGGGCCUGUCAUCAUCGCCGGGGACUUUAAUGCAAAGUCACUGCUGUGGGGUUCCCGGCGGGGUGACAGGCGGGGAAUAGUGGAAGAAUGGACUGCGGGCCUGGACUUGCACUCAAUAAAUGAGGGGAACAAAUCCACGUUCGUGGGGCCGCAAGGGGAGUCUAUAAUAGACCUCACUUGGGGUACCCCUGCGGCCCUGAAAAGGGUGCAGUCUUGGAGGGUGGCGGACGACUUGGAAUCCCUCUCGUAUCAUCUUUUGAUCGAAAUGGAGUUGUCCGUCACCCUCAAGGGCCUGGGGCCACAAAACAAGGAUGAACCCCGACCAGGAAGAUGGGCCCUGAGCAGACUCGAUACAGAGGCUCUCGAGCUGUCUCUGGAGGUUGCCACCUGGCCACGACAAGAGAAAGGGCAGGACCUCGACUCUGCGGUAUCGGACUUCAUCAUUGCACUUGCGUGCAACGAGUCCAUGCCCAGAGUCAGGUCCUGCCCAAAAAGGUCCGCCUGGUGGUGA